AUGCCCAAAGUUAUCAAGCCAAAGCGCAAUAAUAGCGCUUCGCAGGGCUUGUCAGAUGCUGCUGCCAAGACCAAAGCAGCGCACAGCAUCUUCAAGAUGAACACUGAUAUUGGCCAGCACGUUUUGAAGAACCCUGGUAUUGCUGCUGCAAUUGUGGAAAAGGCCGAGCUCAAGCAAAGCGAUAUUGUCCUCGAGAUUGGUCCCGGUACUGGUAACUUGACCGCUAAGAUCCUGGAGAAAGCGAAGAAAUGCAUAGCUGUGGAAUUGGAUCCUCGUAUGGCUGCAGAGGUCACCAAACGUUUCCAGUCUACUCCAUACCAAAAGCGCUUGGAUGUCAUUCUUGGAGAUGUGAUGAAGACAGAGCUCCCAUAUUUCGACGUCUGUAUCAGUAAUACUCCCUACCAGAUCUCCUCUCCUCUCACCUUCAAACUCCUGGCUACAUCGCCGGCCCCUCGGUCCUGCAUUCUCAUGUUCCAACGUGAAUUCGCUCUGCGGUUAUUUGCCAAGCCUGGCGACAAACUCUACAGUCGACUUUCGGUAAAUGCUCAAAUGUGGGCGAAGAUCGAUCACAUCAUGAAGGUUGGCAAGAACAACUUCAAGCCGCCACCACAGGUUGAAUCAAGCGUCAUUCGCAUGGUCCCCAAGAACCCCCGGCCUCAGAUCAACUACGAAGAGUGGGAUGGUCUCUUGAGAAUUGUGUUCGUGCGGAAAAACAAGACCCUUCGAUCCAGUUUCAUUGGUACAACAAGCAUAAUGGAACUGCUAGAAGCAAACUAUCGAACAUGGUGUGCGCAAAACGACAUUCCUGUGGAGGAUGGCCCUGCCGAAGUUGCCAAUGACGAUGCUAUGGCAAUGGAUAUGGGCGAUGAGGAAGAGCAGGAGCAGGCCGCGGAUGAGCCAGCCGAUGAGGUCAUGGACAUGGACGAUGACGAUGUUCCUGAUUUCUUCAAGGUGGAGACCAACGCCCGCCUCGAAGCGGCACUCAAGAACGGAGCCUUGCGCAAGAAGCGCGGCAAAGUUACAGAGCUUGUUCGUGAGAAGGUGCGCCAGGUCUUGGAGGAAGACACCAACCUCGGAGAGAGGCGUGCGAGAAUGUGUGAUGAGAAUGAUUUCUUGAAGCUGCUUUGGGCCUUCAAUCAGAGGGGCAUUCAUUUCAACUGA